AUGGCAUCGAUUAGGAGUUGGUUUAGUUUAAAGCAAACGGAAAAAGACCGUUUAAGUGAGAUAGAGAGUGAUUGCGAAUACCGUGAGCGAUGGAUCACGAUAAGAUUAGUGUAUUUCAGUGGGUUUCUAAUGUUUCUAUCUUUUGGUGUUGUGACGACAAGCCUUUGGCCAUACCUGGAGAACAUGGACCCGACUGUGGACAAAACAUUCUUGAGUGUUUUGUUUGCGGCCCCACCGGCGGGUCAAUUGAUUUUCAGUCCUCUAAUUGGCUGGUGCUCAAAUAGACUGUCAUCAAUAAGAGUUCCUUUCGUGAUCUUAACGGGGUUAUUUAUUUUUGGGCACAUCUUGUACAGUACCAUAGAACUGGUUUGCAUGCCUUAUCGGAGAUAUAGUUUGUUGCUCUCCAGGUUCGUUUUCGGCAUAGCAACGUCAAUUAAUACCCUAAACCGAGCGUUCAUUUCUACGGCCACGAAGCUUUCCGAGCGUACCCCGGCAAUUUCAAUGAGUUCUUUAGCGCAGACGCUUGGCCUUGCUGUUGGUCCAAUGAUUCAAUCCAUGUUGUCCAUAGUCGGCACGGACGGUUUUAUGUGGUAUGGUCUACGUUUCAACAUGUAUACAUUAGGUGGCUGGAUAUGUGCUCUUGUUGGAGUGGUAUAUAUAGUAUUUCUUAAUCCAUCCUGGUUUGUUCAUCGUACAAUUGCUGCACGAGAAGCAAUGAAAUCGACCGGUUGUAGUGUAGUAAAGGAUACGUUGGAACCUGUACAACAGUUUUCUAUUUGGGCGAUCAUGAUUAGCUACGGCGUGUUGAUGUUUUUUUAUGUAUCUUUUCAAACGACUCUUUCACCAAUAUCGCUUGAUCAGUUCGCAUGGACACACGAGGAAUCUCUCUACUACCUUGGAAUGUUGCUCACUUGCGGAACUUUAUGCUCUUGUGGAGUAUUUUUGCUGUUGCCUCUGUUAUGCAAACGAUUCAGCGAACACAAUAUAUUUUUGUAUUUUGCAAUAUUGCCUUUAUUUUGUAGCCAAGUGGCAAUGAUACCUGUAGGUAGUAAAACUGUUGAAAUGUCCACAACGAUCCAUAACGGAAGCAUGGUUGGAUGUCCUAUUACUCAGGAAUGGUGCAUGCUAGUUCCUCCAAUUAAUCAGUACCAGCUAAUUAUUUCUUACGUACUGUUAUGUAUUUCAUUUUCGGUUGGAAUUGCUUUAAGUCAAACAAUUCUUUCGAAGCUGCUUGGCAUUCGUCCGCAGGGUAAUUGGAUGGCUUUGUAUACAAGCGUCGGAGGUAUAACACGUAUACUUGGCCCGGGCUCAGUUUUCGUGUACGUUCGUUUUGGCACCUACUGGUUAUUUGGACUAGGGGCAACCUUGUCUGGGUUGAUGCUUGUAUGGCUGUUUUACAAUAAAAGUCAUCUUCGAACCACGCAAAAAGUACCUGCAGCUGCGGAAAUGGAACAACUGGAAGUUUCCGUUUAA